CUCGGGCUCCCGCCGCGGGCUCCACGGCCCCGGCCAGGGAGGGAGGGCGGCGGGUGCCGCCGGAGCCGCCAGACAUGUCGGGAGGGCACUGCGGCAGCUUCGCCGCGGCGGCGGCCGGCAGCGGCGAGAUCGUGCAGCUGAACGUGGGGGGAACCAGGUUUAGUACCUCAAGACAAACACUUAUGUGGAUUCCAGAUUCCUUUUUUUCCAGUUUGCUGAGUGGAAGAAUUUCAACACUUCGAGAUGAAACUGGUGCUAUAUUUAUUGAUAGAGAUCCAGCAGCGUUUGCACCCAUUUUAAAUUUUCUUCGGACAAAAGAACUAGACUUAAGGGGAGUGAGUAUUAAUGUUCUCAGGCAUGAAGCAGAAUUUUAUGGAAUCACUCCAUUAGUAAGAAGGCUUCUCUUAUGUGAAGAACUGGAGCGUUCAUCUUGUGGCAGUGUCCUUUUUCAUGGUUACUUGCCUCCACCAGGUAUUCCUAGUCGUAAAAUACACAACACUACUAGAUCCUCUGCUGAUUCUAGAAAUGGACUAAAUUUUACAGAAGGUGAAGCUCGAGGAAAUGGUACACAGCCUGUUCUCUCUGGAGCUGGGGAAGAGACUGUUAGGCUAGCAGGAUUUCCUGUGGAUCCACGAAAGGUACUAAUAGUAGCUGGCCAUCACAACUGGAUUGUAGCUGCAUAUGCCCAUUUUGCUGUGUGUUACAGAAUCAAAGAAUCUUCAGGAUGGCAACAAGUGUUUACAAGCCCAUAUUUGGAUUGGACUAUUGAACGAGUUGCUCUAAAUGCAAAAGUGGUUGGAGGUCCACAUGGAGACAAAGACAAAAUGGUCGCCGUUGCCUCAGAGAGUAGCAUCAUCUUAUGGAGUGUCCAAGAUGGAGGAAGUGGAAGUGAAAUUGGAGUGUUCAGCCUUGGUGUUCCUGUAGAUGCUCUCUUCUUCAUCGGUAACCAGUUGGUGGCCACGAGUCAUACAGGGAAAGUGGGAGUGUGGAAUGCUGUCACCCAGCACUGGCAGGUUCAAGACGUUGUUCCUAUAACUAGUUAUGACACUGCUGGGUCGUUCCUUCUCCUGGGAUGUAACAAUGGAUCAAUAUAUUAUAUAGAUAUGCAGAAGUUCCCUUUGCGAAUGAAGGAUAACGAUCUUCUUGUAACUGAACUUUAUCAUGAUCCUUCAAAUGAUGCUAUUACUGCUCUGAGUGUUUACCUCACACCCAAAACAAGUGUCAGUGGUAACUGGAUUGAGAUUGCCUAUGGUACGAGCUCUGGAGCAGUACGAGUAAUUGUGCAGCACCCAGAGACGGUUGGGUCAGGCCCUCAGCUUUUUCAGACCUUCACAGUUCACCGAAGUCCCGUCACAAAAAUCAUGCUCUCAGAGAAGCAUCUUGUAUCAGUCUGUGCAGAUAAUAAUCAUGUCCGGACAUGGACGGUAACACGAUUCAGAGGAAUGAUCUCUACUCAGCCAGGUUCUACUCCUCUAGCAUCGUUCAAGAUACUGUCCCUGGAGGAGACAGAAAGCCAUGGAAGCUAUUCCUCUGGAAACGACAUAGGGCCUUUUGGAGAGCGAGAUGAUCAACAGGUGUUUAUCCAGAAAGUUGUUCCCAUCACUAACAAACUGUUUGUAAGACUCUCAUCUACUGGGAAGAGAAUCUGUGAGAUCCAAGCUGUUGACUGUACUACAAUAUCCUCAUUUACAGUGAGAGAAUGUGAGGGCUCCAGUAGGAUGGGCUCAAGGCCAAGGCGCUACUUGUUCACGGGACACACAAAUGGCAGCAUUCAGAUGUGGGAUCUGACCACUGCCAUGGAUAUGGUUAACAAGAGUGAGGAUAAGGAUGUAGGUGGUCCGACUGAAGAGGAGCUACUCAAAUUACUGGAUCAGUGUGAUCUGAGCACAUCUCGCUGCGCUACUCCUAAUAUCAGUCCAGCAACUUCUGUGGUUCAGCAUAGCCGUCUUCGUGAAUCAAAUUCUAGUCUUCAGCUCCAGCACCAUGAAACCAUCCAUGAAGCAGCUACUUACGGUUCCAUGAGGCCUUACAGAGAAAGUCCCUUGUUAGCAAGAGCAAGGAGGACUGAGAGCUUUCACAGUUACAGGGACUUCCAGACUGUGAACUUGAACAGAAAUGUAGAAAGAGCUGUCCCUGAAGAUGGUAACUUGGGUCCAGUACAAGCUGAAGUGAAGCGGGCAACAGGGGAAUGUAAUGUGUAUGAGAGAAAGUCUCCUGGAACCGAAGUUAAAAGUUUGAGAGAAUCAGAUAGUGGAGUGGAGGUGCAUAAAAUAGCUGAAGGUUUUCUAGAAUCCAAGAAAAGGUCAUCAGAGGAUGAAAAUGAAAAUAAAGUGGAGUUACGGAAGAAAGGAGGAUUUGAAGGAGGAGGAUUCCUUGGAAGAAAGAAAGUCCCCCACCUGGCAUCCUCACCAAGUACCUCUGAUGGAGGAACUGACUCACCUGGUACUGCAUCCCCAUCUCCUACGAAGACUACUCCAUCUCCUCGGCACAAAAAAAGUGAUUCUUCAGGUCAAGAAUACAGCUUGUGAAAACUCAGCAAAAUGAGUAGUUUCAUUAAUUUAGAUGAGAGUUAAACUUUACUGGAGUUCAACACAUUAGCUUUUACACCAAAACUUUACAAAUUAAGAUUGGACUUCAUUCAGUAUCUUUUUGACAGAAUUACCUGGGCUAAGGAGAUAAAAUAACCAUAUCAUCUCUUCAGAUCUUUUGGAAAUUUUUUUUAGUUUUACAGGCACAUUUAAUAGAUCAUUUGUAAAGCAGGAGUCUACUUCAGUGUUUACUCUGUGGAUUUUGGAAGCAUAGUACCAUGUCUUAAUAAGAUGGUGCCCAUAUAGAUGAGCGUCCCCUUAGAGUGUGGGAACCAACAUUCCUAAUGUUGAUCAUGCCUGAGAUUUGUCUUGCAAUGUUAUAUUAAGCGAACUACAUAAUUCUCUUUGGAGCUUAGUCUCCCAACCCUUAUUGUGAUUGCAAAGUGGUUUACCAGGUAUUUAAUGAGGUGCUAUGUUUGUGAAAAAAUCUGUAAUUCAAAAACACUAUUGAAUACCAGAUUACUCUGUGUAGUAGGAAGUCCUUUAGGAUAAUUUUACUUUAAUUGUGGUCAUUUUCUGAUUCUCAUUGUUGGAGUUCUUAAAUCUUAGCAAGCAUCACCAAUAUUAAAUAGGUCAAAAGUUUAAACUUUCUUUAAAGUUGGAGCAGUUGUCUGUGUUUGAACAGAUGAAGUGUAAAAAUAAUAAAGACAGCUUUGAGUGACCACAAAGGAAAACUGUACCAGUUGCUAGUCUGCCUUGUUUUAGGAGCCACCAUAUUUUUUUUCCUGUGUUAAUAAUCAAGAUAAUUAAAUUAGAAUGUGGCCAUUUUGUUAAGCUUGAGACUGCAGUUCUGAAUUUUUUGGUUAAAGGUUUUGGCUGCUGUAGAAAUAUUUUAAAUAUAUUUUGAAUUAUAAGAACAAAAAAAUUUUUGUAUUUUUUUCCAUUUAACUGGAAUGAUUUCCAAGUUUCUGCAAAUAAGGUAAUUGUAAAUUUAAAGCAUUAAGCAUUUAUUGGUGAAUAAUGUAUAUAUUCCCAUUCUGAGAAAUAUAAGUGGAUCAAGUCAAAAUAAAUAAAGUUUCCUAUAUUGCCAGUGGUUUCACAGCCAUUCUCUUGUAUUUGUCAAUUAAGUCAAAUAAAAGUGAUUAAGACUGUGUUUUCAAGUUAUUCAAGGAACAGUUAUCCUGUUUGUUUAAAGUGCACCUACCGUGAGUUUGUUCAUGUCUUUGCUUUUUCCCAUAAUAAAAGGGAAGGGAAGAGGGAGCAAUUUAUAUGUAUGAAAACAAACUAACUUGUAUUACCAAUGAGGGGAAAUAUUGUUAGGCAAAGCAUGAUUUCAUUAUUACUAAGGAUUGUAAUUAUCUCUUACAGACUUCUUUCUCAUUAUGAUACUCAUGUUAAAGUUAGGUGGGCAAGUAAGAAAACGUUACAAAUUGAUUGUUUUUACCCAACCUUUUCCAAGAGUAAAAGGCCACUGGAAGUUUCUUUUAAGAAUUAUGUAGUAAAAUCUUAUAAAAAGGCAGUUCACUAUACCAUUAUUCCGUACUAUAUUUGCAUUAUACUACAAAUCUUUUCUCUCACUUAACAAGAGCUUGAACCUUGAUGUUAUAGCAGGAACUUGAGUCUACUCUGGCACUUAACUUGUAACCUUGAGCAGAUGAUUAUAAUGAAAAAACUUAGGCAUAGCAGGGAUAAUUACCUUAUUAGAGUUUUUGAGACUGAAAGGGGAAAAAAACCUCCACAGCCACCUGCACGCCACAACCUCCUCUCUUCCUCAUCUGUGCUGUGAACUUCGAGAACAGGAACAUCUUUAACACUGUCCAUCAUUGUAAGGAAGAAGAAGCAGAUUUUAGAAGAAAGGCCAUGUGAGGACUCAGAAGAUGGCCACCUACAAGAGCACUCUCACCAGAAACCAACCCUGACAGCACCUCGAUUUCAGACUUACAGCCUCCAGAACCGUGAACAGAGAAUUUCAGACAAGAUGGUGGAGUUGGAGGACCUUUAGCUCACCCUCACCUCCUGGGCACACCAAAAUCACAACUAAUUAACUGCUGAAAAAACAGUAAAAAAGACUAGAAUCUCCCCCCAACCCCACCCAAAAUUCUACAUCCAGACAUAAAGAAGAAACCAUGAGACAGUAGGAGGAGUGCACUCACAGUAUAAUCAAAUCCCAUACCACCCAGGUGGACAACCCACAAACUGGAGAAUAAUUAUAUCACAGAACUUCUCCUGCAGGAAUGAGAGCUCUGAGCCCCACGCCAGGCUCCCCAGCCUAGGGGUCAGUCAUUGGGAGGAGGAACCUCUAGAGCAUUUGCCUUUGAAGGCCUGUGGGGCUUGACUGCAGGAGCUCCACAGGACUGGGGGAAAUAGGCACUCCACUCUUGGAGGGUGCACACAAGGUCCCACACUCACCAGUCCCAGGGCAAAAGCCGUAACUCCGUAGGAACCUGGGCCAGACCUACCUGCUAGUCUUGGAGCAACUCCUGGGGAGGCAGGGGCAGCUGUGGCUCUCAGGGGUCAUAAAAGCUGGUGGCUGAUGUGGGGACCUGUGUAAACUCUGGAUGGAGUCAGACAUUUCAAGUCCUUGGCACCAAGACCCUGCCCCACCCAACAGCCUGUAAGCUCCAGUGCUGGGAGGCCUCAGGCCAAACAACCAACAGGGUGGGAAACAGCCCCACCUAUCAGCAGACGGGUUGCUUAAAGACUUCUGGACUCACAGCCACCUCUAGGCACACCGCUUGACAGGGUUCAGCCCACCAGAGGGCCAAGACCCAGCUCCACCCACCAGUGGGGAGGCACCAGCCCUUCCCACCAGGAAGCCUGCACAAACCUCUCUACCGUUCUCACCCACUAGGGAGCAGACACCAGAAGCAAGGAAACUACAGUCUUGCAGCCUGUAGAACUGAGUCCACAGCACAGAUGAGAACCUACCCUGGGACCAACUAGCCCCUGGCCCUUGGGUGACGAGGAGAGUACUGCUGGGACAUGUAGGACAUCCCCUACAGGGGGCCACUUCUCCAAGAUAGAGAAACGUAACUAAGCUACUACAUACGUAAAAAUACAAAUAGAAAUUUAAACAAAAUGAGACAGCAAAGGAAUAUGUACCAGACGAAGGAACAAGAUAAAACCCCUGAAGAACAACUGAGUGGAGAUAGGCAAUCUACCUGAGAAAGAGUUCAGAGUAAUGAUUGUAAAGAUGAUCCAAGAACUCAGGAAAAGAAUGGAGGCACAGACUGAGAAGACACAAGAAAUGGUUAACAAAGAGCUAGAAAAAUCUAAAGAAUAAACAGGUAGACUAGAAGGAAUCAAUAGAAUAAAUGAGACAGAAGAACGGAUAAGUGAGCUGGAAGGCAGAAUGGUGGAAAUCACUGCCGUGGAACAGAAUAACAGAAUGAAAAGAGGACAGUCUAAGGGACCUCUGGGACAACAUUAAAUGCACCAAUAUUUGCAUUAUAGGGGUCCCAGAAGGAGAAGAGGAAAAGGGCCUGAGAAAAUAUUUGAAGAGCUAAUAGCUGAAAACUUCCCUAACACAGGAAAGGAAACAGUCACCCAGCACAGAGGGUGCCAUAAAGGAUAAACCCAAGGAGGAACAUAUGCCGAGACACAUAGUAACUGAUAAAGACAAAAAAAAAAAUACAAAGGAAAAGCAGCAAAUAACAUACAAGGGAAUCCCCAUGAGACCAUCAACUGAUUUUUCAGUGGAAACUCUGCAGGCCAGAAGGUACAAUAUAUUUAAAGUGAUGAAAGGGGAAAACCUACAACCAAGAAUACUCUACCCAGCAAUGCUCUUCUUCAUAUUUGACAGAGAAAUUAAAAGCUUUACAGACAAGCAAAAGCUAAAAGAAUUCAGCACCACCAAACCAGCUUUACAACAAAUGCUAAAGGAACUUCUGUAAGUGGAAAAGAAAAGGCCACAACUAGAAACAAGAACAUUAUGAAGUGGGAAAGCUCACCAGUAAAGGCAAAAAUAUAGUAAAGGUAGGUAGGAAAUCACUCACACACAGAUAUAACAUCAAAACCAGUAAUCGUGAGAGAAGGAGAGUACAAGUGCAGGAUACUGGCAAUGCAUUUGAAAUUAAGAGAUCAGCAGUUUAAAACAAUCAUGUACAUAUAUAUAGACUGCUGUAUCAAAACCUCACGGUAACCACCAAAGAAAAAUCUAUAAUAUACACAUGAAAAAGAAAUCCAAACACUAAAGAUAGUCAUUAAAUCACAAGAAGACAAAAGAGGAAAGGAAGAAAAAAGAUCUACAAAAACAAGUCCAAAACAAUUAACAAAAUGGCAAUAAGAAUACACAUAUAGAAAAUUACCUUAAAUAUAAAUGGAGUAGAUGCUCCAACCAAAAGACAUAGACUGGCUGAAUGGAUGCAAACACAAGACCUGUAUAGCUGUCUACAAGAGACUCACUUCAGAUCUAGAGACACAUAGACUGAAAGUGAGGGGUUGGAAAAAGGUAUUCCAUGCAAAUGGAAAUCAAAAGAAAGCAGGAGUAGCAAUAGUCGUAUCAGAAAAAUAGACUUUAAAAUAAAGACUGUUAAAAGAGACAACGAAGGACACUACAUAAUGAUCAAGGGAUAAUUCCAAGAAGAUACAACAAUUGUAAAUAGAUGUGCACCCAACACAGGAGCCCUUCAAUAUACGGGGCAAAUGUUAACAAACAUAAAAGGAGAAAUCGACAGUAACACAAUAAUACAGGGGGAAUUGAACACCCCACUUACCUAAAUGGACAAAUCAUCCAGACAGAAAAGCAAUAAGAAACACAGGCCUUAAAUGAUGCAUUAGACCAGAUGGACUUAAUUGAUAUUUAUAGAGCAUUCCAUCCAAAAACAGCAGAGUACACAUUCUUCUCAAGUGCACAUGGAACAUUCUCCAGGAUAGAUCACAUGCUGGGCCACAAAGCAAGCCUCGGUAAAUUUAAGAAAAUUGAAAUCAUAAGUAUCUUUUCUGACAACACUAUGAGAUUAGAAAUCAACUACAAGGAAAAACUUCAAAAAACAAAUACAUUGAGAAAAAAAUGAAAUAUGUAUAUACUUCGUGUGAUUGAUGAAAAACAACGGAAUUAUAAUUCUCAUGAUGAAAAGUUUUUCCAGGAAUUCUGAAAUUACUUCAAAACAACACUCAAGUAUUUUCAUAUCACUAGGAUAAGUAUUGUUAUCCUCAUUCAAAAUGAGAUCACCAAGACCCACUGAGGAUAAAUAAUUUCACCAUAAGGCUCCUUAGCUCCUGAGCCAUCUUGUGAACCCACAUCUGUUUCAGUAGCCUAUGGUCUUUUCCUGGCUUUCUCAUCCAGGCUUCUAUAUCAGAGUCACCUGAGGUUACCUGCUAAAUAUGAAUCUCUGGUGGUCGGGACUCAUGUUUUGAAAAAAAGUGUUAAGAGUUGAUUCUGACGUUCAUCUAAUUCAUCAGUGGUUGAGAGAUUAUUCAGAACAUCCUCUUUUCUUAAAUGGGCUCACCUUUAUCAUUUAUGUGUAAACUGUAAAUACAAUUCAGAGCUGUUAGUAUUUUUUCAUAAAUAUAUUAAAUCAGACGGCUCACAUUUAAAUAUUUAUUAAGCAAACCAUCUUUAGAUUAAUUUACAUGAUAUUUGUGCAUUGGAAAUAAACUAUUCAUGUGUGACAUAA